GUACUUCUUUAUCUGCUUGGAGCGAGGCCAAAAACAGCACCUCGCCCACAGAAAAAAAAACAUGUCAAUUUUUCUUGCAACACCAACAUACAGCAUGUAGUGCAGGGCAGAUAAGCCGCUGAAAUUUUGUAAGAUUUACUUCACAAGCAUUGUUUUUGUUCGUGGUGGAUUAAUGUAUUAUGAUGUGACAUUUAAACUCUCCACUUUCACCUGCUACCUGAAGAACCCGUGACGCCAGCGAGGGUGGUGGAUGCUGCCAGCCUGUAAUACGGAAGAGGAGAGAGGAAGGAGACUCCACGUCAUUUGAGGUGUGCUUGGACGGCCGUGCAAUGCAAUGGCUUGAAUUGGGAUUCUUGGAAUUCACAGGAAGCUGUCUCACGUGAGGAUAUGUCGACCACCUCUUUUGGGAAUCCUGUGCGGUCUGUGUGAACGUACAGACACGACUGAGUGUUUUGCGCCUAGCAUAUUCGCUACCCUCAAAGAACGGGAAUUCUACUCAAGAGCAAGUGAGUGAGUGACUCCUCUGUUGCCGCUGGCGAUGGGCGAAUCAGGGAAGCAGCGCUCCACCCUGGUGUCCCGGCUCCCCAUCUUCCGCCGGAGCUCCAGCAAGAAACACCACCACCACACACAGGAGUCGCUGCCCUCCUCUCCAUCCUCGGGCACCAAUGUGGGCGUCGCUGGGGGCAACAGCGCCAAUGGCAACGGCGUGCACACCUCCUCUCCGUCCAGCACCAACUCCAGCACCAGCAGCACGGGCAAGCGGCGCAGCCUGUUCCGCACGCCCUCCCUCAGCUUCCACAGCAAGCGCAGCAGCCCUGCCGCCGAGCCACGCCUCCCCGCCACCGACCCCCUCGCUGACCCCCAGCCGGGCACCGAGUCACAAGAUGGCGGAGGCGGUGGAGGGCACGUCAAGUCGAGGCACUCGUUUGGGUUCGGCGGGCACCGGCACAAGAAGAUCACACGCUCUCAGACAGAGGACUUCGAGAAGGGCUCGAGUACAAGCAGCAGUGGAACCAACCGCAACGUCUUCAUCAACUGCAUCAGCUCGGGGACCGUGGAGGGCGAUGACUCCGGUUUCCUUGACGACGUGAGCAGCAGCAGCGCCAAGCGCUCGUCCUCCAAGCAAAGGAAGCACCUGCUGCCCAAGUCCUUCUCAGCCCACCACCGCUUCUCCAGGAACCAGGCCCCCGAAACACAGACCAAGCCGCCCGCAGAAGGUACCUCAGGCCCGGGCACGCCGGGCUCCUGGCCUGGAGAGUUGGCUGUGGAGAGCUCCCUCCAGUCCCCCAUGCUGUCUGAGGACCGCACCACGGCCAUCACCCCGUCCGAGUUCGUCCACGUGACCGAGGACUCUGUGUCUGAGGUGGACGCCCUGCCUCCCCCGAGUCCUGCCGCUCCCCUGGAUGUCCCGGCACUCCUGGGAGGGGACGGCCUCCUGCCUGCCAGUACCCCUACCGGUACCUCCUCACAGGUGCUGCCCUCCGUGCCCCCUGAGCUUGCCUCCGAGCCAACCUCACUGCCAACACAGACCAACGCCAGUGCCACCGUCUCAGCUCAAUGUGAGAGCCAGACCACCGCUGCCACCACCGCCACCGACGCUACCGCCAUCGCUGCUGCCACCACCACCCCAGCUGUGGUCCCUGCCACUACUGCCACCGACACUGGGCCAGAAGAGGACCAGAGCCAGGCCGAGCCACAGCCAGACAUGUCGGAGAUCAGCGAGAGCGAGCCGGAUACGGGAGCGCUGGAGCCGGAGCUGAGCGAGGAGGGGAGCUCGAACCCGGAGCCGCGAGAGCGGAGGCUGAAGAACCCCCUGCUCGCCCAGGACGCACGCAAGACCAGCCGUCUGGACACCCGCCAGGGACACCUGAGGAAGCCAAACACAGUAUCUCUGUGCAGCAGUGUGAGUCCCUACCAUGAGGUGAUGCGUCUGGAGCGCCGCCUGCGUUCGGCAUCGGAGGGCGCUGGAGAGUCGGGCGGUAGCGGCGGUAGUGGUGGUGGCCAUGGUGGUGGUGGCGGUGGCGGGGGUGGGGGGCGACGGCUCCACCUGAGCCUCAGGGAGCCUCACAGCUGUGCCCUGGAGACCAUCGGCCUGCACAAGCGCCAACGCACCCACUCAUCAUCAUCCAAGCUGGGCAGCCUGGAUGUCCUCAACAAUCUGGGUUCAUCAGAGCUGGAUGAAGACGAUCUCAUGCUGGACUUGGACCUGUCAGACGACCAGCGCCACAGACAUGUGUCCCGUGAGGACUCCAGUCUGUCUCUGGGCUCCUGCCUCAACCUGAUGGCCUCUCCCCUGGAGCACGGUGCCGACCGCUUACCUGGGGAGACCUCGCACAGGGAGCUGCGGUCGCUGUCUCUGCUGGGUCGAGAUGAGGACGUGCCGGGGCUGGAGGCUCUGCCACUCAGACUCAUGCAACAGGACUGCACUGCCGUCAAGACACUGCUGCUACGACUACGCAGGACACUACAAGAGAGUACAGACAUCAGUCCAGCCAGUAGUCUGCAUUCACUCACUAGCCCCUGCAGCGAGAAGUCACUUCCUUUCAAGGAACCGGUGAAGGAGGAAGCUCAGACGACCUCAACGACCUUGUCCAACGCAUCCCUGCAGCAGCAGCUCAAGGAGAAGGACGAGCUCAUCCAGAGACUACAGGCUGAACUGGAGAGGCUCCAGGCUGUUCCGAAAUCCCCGUGCCAAAAAGCUGACCGCUGCACGCAGACAGACACAUCGCUGCCAGAGGUUCUGCAUCCCGGCCGUGCCCCAGGCCAAAGCAGCAUCACCAGUCACCACAGCAACAGCCACAGCAGCAUCAGCACCAGCACCAGCAGCAUCGCCAGUCAAAGGGAGCGAAGGGGCCUCCGGCCUCCCACAGCAGACCUGUAUAGCCGCCCGCCUCCCUCGCCCCUCUGCGAACCCCCUUGCCGGCCAUCGCCGUCCCCCCUCUGUGACCCGCCCUGUUGCCCAGGCGGGGCUGGUGGUGGAGGUGGUGGUGGAGGGGAAGGGGGCCGAGGUGGUGGUAGAGACUCGGGGCCUCUUUGGCUCGCACCGGGCCGAAAAGGGACCUCGUGCGACUCGACGACGAUGACCCAGCCACUGACAAUGGCGACGAUGAUGGACAGCGCAACGGACAGACCGCCGAGGAGGUGGGAGCACCCUCCAGCCAGCCAGAUCCCCCGAGCCAUCGCCUCCAGCACCUCCAGUCUGCCAGGGAGAGGCAGCCCCUCCUGCAGCCAGUCGUCGGACAGUGAGAGGGGGCCACGCAGCGAGAGGAGUCCCCUGGCGUACCACCCCCACCACCACCACCACCACACCUCCACGGCCAUGCCAACUCCGGCCCCCAGUGCUAUCGCCACCCCCGCUGCCACCACUUUGUCCUCUGCUGUGUCCUCGUCCUCGGGGGUCGGGUCGGGGGGGUCGUCUUCAUUUACGGGACGUCUGGGUCAGCCCCCCCGCGGCCCCCUCUCCCUGCACAUGUACAGCCGAAAAAACGUCUUCCUGCAACAUUCCCUGCACACCGCCGAGCUGCAGGCCCUAGCGCAGCAGGACGGAUAAGAUACAUAAACACACACGCACACACACACACACACACACACACACACAGAAACGAUAAACACAAACUGUACACAGUACAUACUAUACAGGCCGAUCUCACACACACACACACACACACACACACACACACACACACACACACACAUACACAGAGGUAUCCACAUGCCAGCCUGUGCGCACUUAAAACUACCUGCCCAAUCAUGUGAAGAGAAAGACAGCACAUAGCCUACAGACAUAGAAAAAUACCUCAGCUAAUGGACAAACACACACACACACACACACGUGCGCACACACGCGCACACACACGCACACACACACACACACACACACAUGAUAAAAAAAACAUGGUGAAAACUUUUUAAAUCAAUAUAGCUUACAAACCCCCUCACAGGAAUCAAGGAAACCCAGGUAUUCUUUAUUUGACACACACAGGCUCACAAAAGACUUACCAAGAGCCCACAUCACACACACGGACAUCCAACUGCAGCCGUCACACACACACACACGGACAUCCAAUUGCAGACAUUCCUAUUUGACACACACACACACACGCACGCACACACACACACACACAGGUCCCCUGAAGACUUACCAAGAGCCCGUAUUGUCACACAUCCAGAUCUCCAGAGUGUCUCAGCCUGUUCUUACUCAGUGACCAGGAACGUUGGACCCAUUAUGACUUAAUACUAGAAUAUAAAGCAGACGUUUUUGUGGGUUCUCAUUUUAUGCUUAAUUUCCACGUCCACUGGAGAGACUGAAACCUUUCCACCCGUGGGACCUUUCCGUCUCACCUGUACAAAGAACUUUACACCUAUACAGACAAAAAAAAAGAGAAAAUCAUGACUUAUAACACGGUCUAGAGACUGACGCACACAUGAGCACACACACACACACACACACACACACACGGGCACGCACACACAGGCACACACACACACACACACACGGGCACACAGAUUGACACACUGGUGCACAGACGGAGACACACACUCAAAGAAGCCAUGCCGUGCCCUGGGUCUGCCUGGAACAUGCCAGUGCUCUCUCUCUCUC